GCUGAUCAUUCUACCGCCGCGUUCCCUCCAGCGCGGACGUGUAUACCGCGUGUUGUGCUAGUGUGGUUGCCUCCUUCCACGCUCCCUCCCUCACUCUCUCACCACCAGACCCUCCUUUGUGUUCCCUUGUGUUGGAACGUCGAAAAAAUUUGAACUGCACUUUUCCAUUACUUCCCUUCUUUCUAUUCUCUUUUCCUCUUUCUCUCUCCUUCUUCAGUGUUUAUUUAUUUAUUUAUUUAUUUAUCUAUUUAUUUAUUUAUUCUCCCAUUCCCAUGUCUCUCUUUUACGUGAGAUACCGGUGAAAAAAUUAAUUAAAAAAAAAAAAAGAACUAUAGAGAGGAACAAUCCAUGUCUCGUUUUCUUCUCAAAAUUCAAGUGCAUGGCAAAGAAAACGUGAACCUCUGCUAAGUCUUCUGCUGCAGUCACCACCACCACCACCACCACCACCACCAUCACCGCCACCAGCACCAUCACCACCAUCAGCACCGGACACAUCAGCACUCACCAACAUCGUCCCACUGGAGGCUGCCGUGACGUGCCAGGCCUCUUGAUGAGUUGACGAUGUUGGCAAUAUUGACAACUCUUUAUGCCCUCCUCGCCACGGCCUACGCGUGUGGCGAGGUGGGGCCCAGGGCGGAGGUCAUCUGCUACUCGGCCACACGCACCCCGCCACCUAACCUAGACGCCUGCCACUGCACAGUACUCGUGGUGGAAGGUGCCAGCCUCGACCACGACCUUCUACUUAACUCCGAUGCGGACUUCGCCAGCUACAACGCACUCAAGAUCAUCAACCCUGAUCUGAAGGUGGUGGCCAGCCUGGGCGGCGAGAGAGUGAAGGGAGACACCUUUUCCCUCCUCACUUCGUCAGCAGAUGCGGUGGCCAACCUGACCCAAGCCACCUCCACCUUCCUGGCCACGCACCAGCUGGAUGGCCUGGAGAUGGACUGGCGCUGGCCUAGUGACGCGAAGGCCAAGGAGGAUCUGACUACUCUCAUUAAGGUUCUCAGGCUCGUGCUGGACCAGAAGGUGCAUAACGUGACCAAGCGAGCAGCGCCGGAGGAGGAUCUGGCGGUAACGACGGAGGCGGCGACGGAGGCUACGACGGAGACAACUACGCUCUACGAAGAUGAGGGAACGACCACUCUUGUCCCGCUCCUGGAGGAUAAUGGAAGCCUGGGCAAAGACUACGACGCCCUUGAAUCUGGCUCAGAGUACGCGGUGACGGUGCAGCCCCUGGAGGAUGAGGAUUACUUAACGACCACGACAACGACCAGCACUGACGCACCCACCACCAUCACCACCACUGUCUCCGUGCCCAACUCCACCUCCUCCAUCACCACCACCACCACCACCACGGAGGCACCCACUCAGAGGUCCGCGGGCUGGACUUUCGGCAGGAGGGGCCAGCGAAGAGGAGGAGGAGGAAGGAGGCGAGGCGUAGUAAGGAAGAGACUACUGAAGCAAGUAACCCACGGUGGAACUGAUGAAGAAGAGGAAGAGGACGAAGGAAAACUGCUGAUCCUGGCCGUGGCGCCCAACCCAGAGUACAUAGUGAAGGGAUACGACCUCAAGGAACUGGCGAAGGUGGUGGACUUCUUCUCGCUGCCCACGCACAACCUGACCAUCGAGGACCCCAGCAUGACCUAUCACCCGGGAAGGCUCAUGGGCCUGGCGGACCUGCAGAACGCUGACUCCCUGGUGGACUUAGCCGCGGGUCUUGGCGUGCCUCUGGAGAAACUUGUGCUGAGUGUGCCCGAGACUGUUCUAUCCUUCACCCUGGAGAACGCCACCCUCACCACGCCCCGCUCUCCGGCCACCGACGCGCCCACGUCCAUGUCCUACCCCCAGGCGUGCGAGGCCAUGGCGCGAGGCAACUGGACGGUGGAGAGGGACCAGGAUCUAACGGCGCCCUACGCUUUCUCUAAUCAGACCUGGAUGGCCUUCGACGACCCCAGCAGCGUCAAGGUUAAGAGCAAGUACGUUUUGCUACGAGGUCUGGCGGGUGUGGCACUGCGAGGUGUGGAUCAGGCGGAUCAUGAGGGCACGUGUGGAUAUGGACGGUACCCACUUCUCUCCACUGUCUACACCACGUUCACUGAGCUCGCCCGGUCACCUCGCCGUGCGGUGCUGAAUAGUCUGGUGGUGGACCUCACACAAUCCCCCUCCGUGCCUUCUGACCUGCGUACAUCCCCCUUCAGAAUAGUGAGGGUAGUGGACAGGUCAGGUGACAUCAAGGCAAUAAGGGAGUCAGCGGCGGCGACUCGCUACCAGUGUUCUCGCCAGGGCUUCUAUCGCGACCCCGAAGAUUGCUCAAACUUCUAUCGAUGUGCCAAGUUCAACCAAUAUGUGGACGACUUUACUGUGUUUGAGUACUCGUGUCCAAAAGGCUUGGUGUUCGACGACCGCUGGGAGGUGUGCGCUUGGCCCUCGGCCGCGACCCCCUGCGAUGGCUCAUCCGAAAUUUUCCCAGUGCCAAAACAAAAGUUCAUAUGUCCAGGUGAAGGUUAUUUCACCGAUCCCGAAAACUGCCGGUGGUUCUUUGCCUGUCUCGACCACUUCGGCAACAACACAUACAUGCAGUAUGAGUUCCGCUGUCCCUUCGGUCUUGCCUAUGACGAAGCCAAUUACAUGUGCAACUGGCCGUGGCUAGUGAGUAGCUGUGGCAAGAAUGGCAUUGGUUACCUAGAUCUUACCCCUGGAGCGGCACCUGUCAGUGUCAGCGACGUGGCUGGACGACGUCCAUUUGCAAAGAAUAUACCAACAAAGAAGGUGGCUGCUCAGAGUAUCCAGAGCGAAACAAAGACCAAAGGAGGCUGCACUGACUGUAGUGGUAGUCAGUCAGUGGAGCUGGCCAUAGGAGGCAAGGGUGUUUAUAGCCAUGAAAAAGGUCUUAUUAUCUCUCCAAACCUAAGCAAUGAACGUCUCUCCUACAAGGCCUACAAAGAAAGUAUCGAGCUUUCUGGUGAGAAAUCCCAGGGUGGCUUCGCAGGCAAAGUACCUGGCGGAGGCGUAGCAGCAGUGGCUUUCGGCUCGGCUCUUCCUUCAGGUUCCUCAUUCUCGAGGGACAGGAACUCUCACAGACAAGAUUCCUCCUCUGGAAAACAUCAAGGAGGAUCUUCGGAAGAAUCUGCAUCUGACCGCAAUGUGAUUAGGACACAUGGAACAUCACCUGGAUAUUCUUACAGCGCUCCAUCCACCGCUCCACUGCCCACUCCUGUGACUGCCACUGAGGGUUAUGACUACCCACGCCCGGGUCAACCCUCACGUGCAACAUCUCGUGGACGGCCAUUUGGAUCUCGCAGGCGACCUAGCACCUCCCACGAAGCCUCCUCAGAAGAAUACUCCCCCUCCCAUCCCAGCAACCAACCCUCCAGGUCAUCCCAGAGCGGCAAAAAAUCCGUGACUUCUUCCCGCGGUCGACCCUCAACCUCAAGGAGGCCCAUUCCUGCACCGUCAACAGGAGGCUAUUCCUACACUGAGCCCUCUACUCCCCUCCAACCUACUCCUUCCAGUCGCCGCCCAUCCAGUCGUCGGCCAUCAAGUCGCCGCCCAUCCAGUAGAAGGCCCUCCAGCCAAAGACCUUCUAGUCGCCAACCCUCCACUUCCUACACAAAUACCCCUGCACCCACCACUGGGUACACUUAUCCCACACCCUCUACUCCCUUCCAAACGUUCCCUGGAAGUGAUGGAUCAUCUUCAUCCUCAUCGUCAGAAGAGGACACAAAGACCACGCCCUCUGGAUACUCAUACUCCCCUCCGAGCACCUCUCUCACUCCUGGCGGCCACUUCACCGUUUCCAGGCCCUCCUCUGUCACCUCCUCACCGCGUGUCUACCCAACACCUGCUCCCUACAAACCCCUAACACCCCGACCAUCAACGGGAUAUUCCUAUCCUGAGCCAAGCCAAUCUUCAUCGUCUGUCACACCACACUCCAGGCCUGAUCAGAACACGGUUGAAACCGGGUAUGGUCAAGGCUCCAGCAGUGAGGAGUCUAGGGAGGGAGGCUACAGCUACUCACCACCCAGCAAACCAUUCACCUCAGCUCGCCCAUCAUCCACAAGACGAGUCACCGCGCCUAGCCCACAACCAGUAACUAAUGAAGUGGGAGGUGGAUCCUCAUCCGGAUACCCCUACCAGACCCCAGCAAACCCAUUCCUCUUGCCAACAAAACAGCCUGGAUUUACCCCAGCAAGACCCACCCCGACACCUGGUUAUCGCGCACCUAGGCCCACAUCACGUCCAGCAACACAACCAACUUACGAAACUGGAAAGAGAAGGCCCACUCCCCGUCCUGCCCAGAUUCCUCACUCCUCGAGCUCUGAGGGCGGCUACUCCUACCAGGAACCAAGUAAGCUCUUCACACUGCCGGGAAGCAGCCAGUCUAGCGGCUCUUCUUCUUCCUCUUCUCAAGGCCAGAUCACAGGGUACUCCUACCAACCCCCGUCGGCAGAUAAGGCCUUCAACCCCUUCGGCUCAUUAUCAAGUGGUUCACAGGAGAGCAGCGAAGAAUACAGAUUGAAGAGUAGUUCAGGCCACUCUGGUGGUUCAUCACAGUUCACUGCUGGAGCUGGCGGAUCUGGAGGCCGCGGAGGAAGUGGCGGGUCAGGAAGUGGUGGAUCAAGUAGCUUCAGCAUUGGUGGAUCAGGAGGCCACAGUGGCAGCGGGGGAUCUGCUGGAUACAGAGGAAGUGGUGGAUCAAGUCAUUUCAGCUUUGGUGGAUCAGGAGGCCAGAGUGGUAGCAGUGAAUCAGCAGAACACAGAGCUAGUGGUGGAUCAGAAGGCCGAGGUGGCAGUGGUGGAUCAGGAUUAGGUGGAAGUGGUGGAUCAAGCCACUUCAGCAUCGGUGGAUCCGGUGGCCGUGGAGGCAGUGGUGGAUCAGGCAGUCGUGGCGGCAGUGGUGGAUUAGCAGGUCGCGGUGGCAGUGGUGGAUCAGGAUACAGUGGAAGAGAUGGAUCAAGUGAUGCAUCAAGCCACUUCAGCUUUGGUGGGUCAGGAAGCCAUGGCGGCAGUGGUGGAUCAGGAGGUCAAGCCGGAAGUGGUGGAUCAGGAUACAGUGGAAGUAGUGGGUCAAGCCACUUCAGCUUUGGUGGAUCAGAUCACAGCGGCAGCAGUGAAUCAGCAGAACACAGCGGCAGAGGUGGAUCAGGACGAGGUGGCAGUGGUGGAUCAGGAGGACGAGGUGGCAGUAGUGGAUCAGGAAGCCGAAGUGGAAGUGCUGUUUCAGGAUACAGUGGAAGCAGCGGAUCAAGUCACUUCAGCAUUGGUGGAUCUGGAGACCAUGGCAGCAGUGGUGGAUCAGGAGGUCGGGGCAGCAGUGAUGGGUCAGGAGGCAGCGGAAGUGGUGGAUCAAGCCACUUCAGCUUUGGUGGAUCAGGAGGUCACAGCGGAAGCAGUGAAUCAGCAGAACACAGCAGCAGAGGUGGAUCAGGAGGACGAGGUGGCAGUGCUGGAUCAUUAGGACACAGUGGAAGCAGUGGAUCAAGUCACUUCAGCUUUGGUGGAUCAGGAGGCCAUGGCAGCAGUGGCGGAUCAGGAGCAGGAGUAGGAAGUGGUGGAUCGGGUGGACGAGGUGGCAGUGGAGGGUCAGGAAGACGUGGUGGAAGUGGUGGAUCAUCAGGAUACAGUGGAAGCAGUGGAUCAAGUCACUUCAGUUUUGGUGGAUCAGGACACAGUGGGAGCAGUGAAUCCACAGAACAUGGCACCUUUGGAUCAGGAGGACGAGGAGAAAGUGGCAGAUCAGGAGGAAGAGGUGGAAGUGGUGGAUCAGGAUACAGUGGAAGUAGUGGAUCGAGUCACUUUAGCACUGGUGGUUCAGGUAUCCUCAGCGGUAGUGGUAGUGGUGGAUCAGGAGGACGAGGCGGAAGUGGUGGAUCAGGAUACAGUGGAAGUAGUGGAUCAAGUCACUUCAGCAUUGGUGGAUCAGCAGGCCACAGCAGCAGCAGUGGAUCAGGAGGUCGAGAUGGAAGUAGUGGAUCAGGACGAGGUGGAAGUUCAGGGUCAAGACACAGCGGAAGUGGAGAUUUAGGUCACGUCAACAUUGGUGGAUCAGCAGGACAGAGUGGAAGCAGUGGAUCAAGUCACUUCAGCUUUGAUGGAUCAAGCAGCCACAGCAGUACUAGCGGAUCAAGAGGAAGAGGUGGAAUUGGUGGAUCCGGAGGAGGAGGAGGAUCAGGAUACAGCGGAAGUGGUGGAUCAAGUCACUUCAGCAUUGGUGGAUCAAGAACACAAGGUGGAAGCAGCGUAUCAGUAGGACGAGGUGGAAGUGGUGGAUCAAGCCACUUCAGCUUUGGUGGAUCAGAGCACAGCGGCAGCAGUGAAUCCACAGAACACAGCAGCAGAGGUGGAUCAGGAGGUCGCGGCAGCAGUGAUGGAUACAGUGGAAGUGGUGGAUCGCCUCGCUUUAGCAUUGGUGGAUCUAGAGGCCAUGACAGCACUGGUGGAUCAGGAGGUGGCGGCAGUACCGGUGGAUCAGGAGGUCGCGGCAGCAGUGGUGGAUCAUUACACAGUGGAAGUGGUGGAUCAACUCACUUCAGCAUUGGUGGAUCUGGAGGCCAUGGCAGCACUGGUGGAUCAGGAGGUCGCGGCAGUACUGGUGGAUCAGGAGGUCGCGGCAGCAGUGGUGGAUCAUCACACAGUGGAAGUGGUGGAUCAACUCACUUCAGCAUUGGUGGAUCUGGAGGCCAUGGCAGCACUGGUGGAUCAGGAGGUCGCGGCAGUACUGGUGGAUCAGGAGGUCGCGGCAGCAGUGGUGGAUCAUCAGGAUACAGUGGCAGCAGCGGAUCAAGCCACUCCAGCGCUGGUGGAUCAGGAAGUCAGAGCGGCACCGGUGGAUCAAGCCACUUCAGCUUUGGUGGAUCAGGGCAAAGCAGCAGCAGUGAAUCAGCAGAACACAGCACUAGAGGUGGAUCGGGAGGUCGCGGCAGCAGUGGUGGAUCAGGAUACAGUGGAAGUGGUGUAUCAAGUCACUUCAGUAUUGGUGGAUCACGAGGCCAUGGCAGCACUGGUGGAUCAGGAACACAUGGAGGAAGUGGCGGAUCAGGAGGACGAGGUAGUAGCGGUAGACGUGGUGGAUCGUCAGGACACAGUGGAAGCGGCGGAUCAAGCCACUUCAGGUCUGGUGGAUCAGGAAGUCCGAGCAGCAGCGGUGGAUCAAGUCACUUUAGCUUUGGUGGAUCAGAUCACAGCGGCAGCAGUGAAUCAUUUGAGUACAGAGGUAGUGGUGGAAGAGGUGGAUCAAGCCAUCUGAGCAGUGGUGGAUCAGGAUCACGAAGUGGAAGCAGUGGAAGUGAUGGAUCAAGCCACUUCACCUUUGGUGGAUCAGGAAGUCAGAGCAGCAGCGGUGGAUCAGCAGGAAGUGGAAGUGGUGCAUCAAGUCACUUCAGCUUGGGAGGAUCAGGACGCGGCAGCAGUGGCGGAUCAGGUGGACGAGGUGGAAGUGGCGGAUCAGGAGGACGAGUUGGAAGUAGUGGGUCACCUGGAUACAGUGGAAGCGGUGGAUCAAGUCACUUUAGCUUCGGUGGAUCAGGAGCCGAUAGUGGAAGCAGCGAAUCAGCAGAACACAGCGGCAGAGGCAGUGGCGGAUCAGGAGGACGAGGUGGAAGUAGUGGCUCAGCAUACACCAGCAGUGGUGGGUCAAGCCACUUUAGCAUUGGUGGAUCAGCAAGUCAGAGCAGCAGUGGUGGAUCAGGAGGAAGACAAGGAAUUGGAGGAUCAGGAGGACGAGGUGAUAGUGGAUCAUUAGGAAGUCACUUCAGCAUCAGUGGAUCAGGAGCCCACAGUGGAACCAGUGAAUCAGCAAAAGACAGCGCUAGAGGUGGAUCAGGAGGACGAGAUGGAAGUGGUGGAUCAUCAGGAUACAGUGGAAGCAGCGGAUCAAGCCACUUCAGCGCUGGUGGAUCAGGAAGUCAGAGCAGCAGCAGUGGAUCAAGCCACUUCAGCUUUGGUGGAUCAGGGCACAGCGACAGCAGUGAGUCAGCAGAACACAGCAGCAGAGGUGGAUCGGGAGGUAGCGGCAGCAGUGGUGGAUCGGGAUACAGUGGAAGUGGUGGAUCAAGUCACUUCAGUAUUGGUGGAUCUGGAGGCCAUGGCAGCGGUGGCGGAUCAGGAGGACGAGGAUCAUCAGGACACAGUGGAAGCAGUGGAUCAAGCCACUUCAGCUCUGGUGGAUCAGGAAGUCAGAGCAGCAGCGGUGGAUCAAGUCACUUCAGCUUUGGUGGGUCAGAUCGCAGUGGUAGCAGUGAAUCAUUUGAAUACAGAGGUAGUAGUGGAAGUAGUGGAUCAAGUCACUUCAAUAUUGGUGGAUCAGGAGCCCAUGGUAGUAGUGGUGGAUCAGGAACACGAGGAGGAAGUGGCGGAUUGGGAGGACGAGGAUCGACAGGACACAGUGGAAGCAGCGGAUCAAGCCACUUCAGCUCUGGUGGAUCAGGAAGUCAGAGCAGCAGCGGUGGAUCAAGUCACUUCAGCUCUGGUGGAUCAGGAAGUCAGAGCAGCAGCGGUGGAUCAAGUCACUUCAGCUUUGGUGGAUCAGAUCACAGCGGCAGCAGUGAAUCAUUUGAAUACAGAGGUAGUAGUGGAAGCGGUGGAUCAAGCCAUCUGAGCAGUGGUGGAUCAGGAUCACGAAGUGGAAGCAGUGGAGGUGAUGGAUCAAGCCACUUCAGCUUUGGUGGAUCAGGAAGUCAGAGUAGCAGCGGUGGAUCAACAGGAAGUGGAAGUGGUGGAUUAAGUCACUUCGGCAUAGGUGGAAGUGGCGGAUCAGGAUCACGAGGUGGAAGCAGUGGAAGCAGUGGCUCAAGCAGCUUCAGUUUUGGUGCAUCGGGAGGCCAUGGCGACAGCAGUGAAUCGGCAGAACACAGCGGCAGCGGCAGUGGUGGAUCAGGAUACAGGGAAAGUGGAGGAUCAAGUCACUUCAGUAUUGGUGGAUCAGAAACCCACAGCAGCAGUGGUGGAUUAGGACGAGGAGGCAGUGCUGGAUCAGGACGAGGAGGCAGUGGUGGAUCAGGAUUCGGUGGAGGUAGUGGAUCAAGUCAAUUCGGCAGUGGUGGAUCAGGAUACAGUGGAAGUAGUGGAUCAAGUCACUUUAGCAUUGGUGUAUCAGGAGACCACAGUGGCAGCAGCGAAUCCUCAGAACACGGCCGUGGUGGUGGAUCAGGAGGACGAGGUGGAAGCGGUGGAUCUGGAGGACAAGGUGGAAGCGGUGGAUCAGGAUUUGCUGGAAGUGGUGGAUCAAGCCACUUCAGCAUUGGUGGAUCAGGGGACCAAGGCAGUAGUGGUGGAUCAGGAGGCUAUGGUGGAAGUGGUGGACCAGGCGGUCGCGGUAGCAGUGGUGGAUCAGGAUUCCGUGGAAGUGGUGGAUCAAGUCACUUCAGCAGUGGUGGAUCAGGAGGAAGAGGUGGAAGCGGUGGAUCAGGAGGACGAGGCGGCAGUGGUGGAUCAGAAGGACGAGGCAGCAGCGGUGGAUCAGGAUUCGCUGGAAGUGGUGCAUCAAGUCACUUCAGCAUUGGUGGAUCAGGAGGAAGAGGUGGAAGCGGUGGAUCAGGAGAACGAGGCGGCAGUGGUGGAUCAGAAGGACGAGGCAGCAGCGGUGGAUCAGGAUUCGGUGGAAGUGGUGGAUCAAGUCACUUCAGCAGUGGUGGAUCAGGAGGAAGAGGUGGAAGCGGUGGAUCAGGAGGACGAGGCGGCAGUGGUGGAUCAGAAGGACGAGGCAGCAGCGGUGGAUCAGGAUUCGGUGGAAGUGGUGGAUCAAGUUACUUCAGCAGUGGUGGAUCAGGAGGAAGAGGUGGAAGCGGUGGAUCAGGAGGACGAGGCGGCAGUGGUGGAUCAGAAGGACGAGGCAGCAGCGGUGGAUCAGGAUUCGGUGGAAGUGGUGGAUCAAGUCAUUUCAGCAUUGGUGGAUCAGGAGGCCAAGGGAGCAGUGGUGGAUCAGGAGGCCAAGGGAGCAGUGGUGGAUCGGGAGGCUAUGGAGGAAGUGGUGGAUCAGGAGGUCGCGGCAGCAGUGAUGGAUCAGUAUUCGGUGGAAGUGGUGGAUCAAGUCCCUUCAGCAGUGGUGGAUUAGGAGGCCAAGGGAGCACUGGUGGAUCAGGAGGCUAUGGAGGAAGUGGUGGAUCAGGCGGUCGCGGCAGCAGUGGUGGAAGUGGUGGAUCAGGAGGACGAGGUGGAAGCAGUGGAUCAGGAUUCGGUGGAAGCGGUGGAUCAAGUCACUUUAGCAUUGGUGGAUCAGACCACAGUGGCAGCAGCGAAUCCUCAGAACACGGCCGUGGUGGUGGAUCAGGAGGACGAGGUGGAAGCGGUGGAUCAGGAGGACGAGGUGGCAGUGGUGGAUCAGGAUUCGGUGGGAGUGGUGGAUCAAGUCAUUUCAGCAUUGGUGGAUCAGGGAGCCAAAGUGGCAGUGGUGGAUCAGGUGGUCGUGGCGGCAGUGAUGGAUCAGGAGGCUAUGGCGGUAGUGGUGGAUCAGGAGGAUUCGGUGGAAGUGGUGGAUCAGGCGGUCGCGGCGGCACAGGUGGAUCAGGAGGAUUUGGUGGAUCAGGAGGAGUCGGUGGCUUCGGAGGAACAGGUGGAUUCGGUGGAUCAGGAGGAUUCGGUGGAAGCGGCGGAUCUGGUGGACGUGGCGGAAGCGGCGGAUCUGGUGGACGUGGCGGAAGCGGCGGAUCUGGUGGACGAGGCGGCAGCGGCGGAUCAGGCGCUUCAGGAUACAGUGGAGGCAGCGGAUCAGGCCACUUCGGGCUUGGUGGAUCAGGAGACGACAGUGGGAGUGACGAAUCGAGGGAGCAUGGCAGAGGUGGAUCGCGCAAUACCAACGCCCAGAGUGGAAGUCGGGGACACGGAGGAAGCAGGAAGAAGACUGGCGGCAGGAGGAGGCAGCCCUUGAGCGGCGGUCAAGCCCUGGUGUCCAAGUUGAGCGGAAAGCGACACAAGCUGGAGAGGUUCGGCCCAGGAGGAAGGAGGGACUUCGAUGACACUCUCGGGCCGGAGGUGUGCGAGAGGGCCGGGCUCUUCCGACACCCUGACACCUGCGACAAGUUCUACGAGUGUUACUGGGACAAGUGGCUGGACAGGUUUACUCUACACGUGUUCGACUGUCCUGUUACUAUUGUGUAUGACUCCGGCAUCAGCGCCUGCAACUGGCCCUUCAACGGUCCGCCCUGUAAGGAGUGAACGCCCAAGCAACGCCAUGACCCUCUCAGUCCUACAUACACAAGAGGGUUACAGUAGUCUUCCACAUUUCUCAAGGGGGAUAAAAGGUUUCUCAAAUAACUACAUAGGUCUAUAUAUUUUUACAACUUUGUGAGAUUUACCCUGACGUGUGAUAUAUAAUUAUUAAGUGAUGUGCUUCUUCCUUCGCUUUUGUCAGUCAUCGGAAAAAAAUAUACAUUUAUACUACAUGAUAAUCUGGUGUCCUUCAAACUCAUCAGGACAAACACGCACACAUCACGUACAAAACAUGUCCCUGGCCAGCGUGACCUUCCAUCUCAACCCUCCCUUCACCCAAGCAUCCCCCUCCUCCUCCCCCUCCUGCCUGGCUCAGGAGGGGGAGGGGGCCAGGGCAGGAAGAUCCGCUGUGCAAAUCAUCUGUUAAAUAUUCCUAAAGAUUUAUUUAUUUAAAACUAUUUAUUACCGUGUGUGUGUGUGUGUGUGUGUGUGUGUGUGUGUGUGUAAAAAGUAGGCGUGCGGAGGAAAACUCUUUCUUUCCUCCUCUCCCUAUUUCCAUGAAAGCGAAAACCAAAUUGAUGCUACAAAUAAAGAAAAAGAUUCGAUUUACGCCAAGAAAAUUAGAAAAAAAGAGAAAAAAACAACUCAUUAAAAAACAAAAAAAAACAAGUGUGUAUGCGUGUGUGUGUGUGUGAGUGAUUGUGUGUGGAUAGGUAAGUGUGCCUGUAAGUUAAGCAAGUCAAAAUAAAAGGGGAAACUUCACUUCUUAUUAAGCUCCAUUCAAUUCGCCAGUGUUGUAAGUCGAUCCUUCGCCAAAUCGAUACAAAAAUUACACAUUGCUGAGUACGUCUAUUUUUGUACAUUUAUGUCUGUUGGUGUGUACAGUAUAGGGGGGCUUAUUGGGAACAUGGGAAACUAAAUAACACUGCUUCGCUUCAUAUGCUUCCUUCCCUUCCUCCUCCUCCUCCUUCUCCUCCUACCUCUCUUCCUCUUUCAUUUCGUCCAUCUCUUACCCUUCCUUCUUCUUCCUCCUCUUCCAACAACAACAACACCUUCCUCACCACCAGUAACAACAUAUUUUCGGCCUUGCCCUCCUCCUCCUCCUCCUCCUCCUCCUCCUCCUCCUCCACCACCUCCUCCUCACCCCAGUGCUCCUGCUUCUCCACCUCCCUCCCUUAUUCCAUUUCCUCCUAUUUCCCAACUUCCACCUCCUUUUGCCCUCCUUUUUCCUCUUCUCCAUCUUUCUUCAUUCUUUUCCCUUUCUUCCUCUCUUCCUCUUUCCUUUAACACACACACACACACACACACACACACACACACUUCUUCCUUCGCCUCGCCACGCUUUCUGCUUUCCUUUUGUUUGUGUGAUAAUAAUUUUGAUCUCACUUUUCACUACUACUACUAAAACAACAACAACAACAACAACAACAACAACAACUACUACUACUACUACUACUACUACUACUACUACUACUACUACUAUUACUACUACUACUGCUGCUGCUAUUACUCAUACAACCAUUACUAACAUUUUUUUUCGCCACUACUACUAUUACUACAAGAACGGUAAUUAUACUGCUGGUUCUACUACUACAACUACUACUACUACUACUACUACUACUACUACUACUACUGGAGUACUGUUCCUGUUGCUGUUGCUACUACUACUACUGCUGCUGCUACUACUGCUACUACUACUACUACUACUACUACUACUACUACUACUACUACUACUACAGUUUCGUCACUUUCUUGUAAUAGCUUCAACUUAAUUGCUUAUUAUAUUUUUUUAUCUAUUUAUCUAUUUAUUUUAUUUCUUCUGCGAUAAUCGAGUUGUGCAAUAAAGGUUUUAUUAUUAUUAUUAUUAUUAUUAUUAUUAUUAUUAUUAUUAUUAUCAUUAUUAUUAUGAUGAUGAUUAUUAUUAUGAUUAUUAUUAUUAUUAUUAUUAUUAUUUAUGUAUCGGGCGAAACGGGGAAGGUGAUAAGCCGAGAUUAAUUAAUGUAAUGUCCAUUAGGUGAAUAAAUUAUUACUUUUAAUCGAA